AUGGGGAUCCCAAAGGAGCAAUUGAAAAAAAUCUCCAAGCCGUUGUACGGUUUCACUGGGGAUUCCGUCAUCCCUCAGGGGACAAUCCGGCUGCCUAUAACCGCCGGGAAAAAACCUCGACAGGCCACCAUAAUGGCCAAUUUUAUGGUAAUAAAGGGAUGCUCCCAAUACAAUGCCGUCAUUGGAAGGCCGACUCUUCAGGCAUUAAGGGCAGUAACCUCCAUCUACCACCAGAAGGUCAAAUUCCCUACCCCAAACGGUAUAGGGGAAAUAAAAAGUAACCAGUACGAGGCUAGGGUUAUGUAUUAUGAUGCUUUGCGCGGAUAUGACCAGCCUGGGAGGGUGGAAGUCGAGAGCUUCCUUAAAAAGAACCUGGAUGUCUUCGCCUGGAAUCAUUCGGAUAUGGAAGGGAUUGACCUAGAAGUCAUAUGCCAUUUUCUGAAUAUCGACCCCUCAUAUCCCCCCAAAUGCCAGAAGCAUCGACCAAUGAACCCGGAGAGGUACGCGGCAUUGAAAGAAGAGGUCGAUAAGUUGAUCAACAACGGUUUCGUUAGAGAGGCCCAUUACCCUCGAUGGGUCUCGAACCCCGUUUUGGUGGUCAAGCCUAACGGGACAUGGAGAACAUGCGUCGACUUCAGUGAUCUUAACAAAGCCUGCCCAAAGGAUGGUUUUCCACUUCCUCGAAUAGACUAA